UUUAACUGACUUGCUUGCUGUUGUCAUCUUCAGCACCCUGUGCCCCUCCCUACCCCACCCUUGUCCCCUUGCUCUCUGGAGGAGGAUCAUCUCCCUCUUCUUCUAUAGGCCCCCUGAGUCCAGAGGAGACUAAAGAAGCCAGUAAGCCCUCUGACAUCAACUUUGUCAAACUUCUGAGGACUUAAGUGAACUUUCCAGAGCAAGAGGACCAUGGGGCGCUGGCCCGGAGUGCCCCUUCUACUCGUCCUUCUCGUCUGCUCUCUGGCUCCAGCUCGAGGGCAAGACUUUGACUUGUCUGAAGCCCUUGAAGAUGAUGUGAAACCAACAAGGAAACCAAAUCCAGUUACCAAAAAGCCAGGUUCUGACACUGACUUGAAUUUAGAAGAUGCUAUUUUUAAUGGAGGGAGUGAUGACUCUGUGAAGCCUAACCCACCCAAACCCAAACCCAAACCAGACCAUAGAGAUUCAGGUGACUUUUCAGAUGAUGAUCUCAAAGGGCAUACUCACUCAGGAGGUCAGGAUGAUAGGCAUAAUAAUGAGGAUAAAGCUGAAGAUUCUCCUGGAUUAAUACCUGGAAUUGUAAGUGCUGUGGUUGUAGCACUGGCAGGAGCUGUAUCCAGUUUUAUUGCUUACCAUAAGAAGAAAUUCUGCUUUAAAGGAAAUGAUGAGCCGAAGAUCUAGGAAUGAGGAGAGAACAACUUUCAAGUGAUGACUACAAGAUCAACCAGACAAAAUUAUUUUUCAAAUAAGAUUCAGAGGCUUCUUCCCUCUCUCCAUUUAACCAUGAAAAUAAAGCCUCUCGUCCCACAAAACCAAAAUGAGCAUUGAAAGAACAUUGCCUUUAUACUCUAGUAGAUUUCUUAUAUACUGUGGAAGAAAGCCAGAAUUCUCCUAAAAAUCCGCCUACUUUUUCUUCUCUCCAAUUGAUAUGUUAUAGCAAAUCCAAAAGAUCAAGAAGAGGCUGAGAGUUUGCUCUUGUCUCUGACUUUGUGAAACUAGAAGUGAAGCCUCUUUUCUAGUAUCUUUUCAUUUACAAAUCACUGUUAUAUAUUUUUUUAAAAAAUCAAUUUACUCUAUAUUAUUAUAAGGCCAAGAGCCUAACUCCCAGAAAACAUGGUGAGGUGUUUUUCACCUCUACCAAACCACUUCUGCUUAUAGAUUUGGCAACAGGAUCAGGAGAUUGAGCUAUUCCUUCCUUUGAUUAUCUUAGACAUUUAAAAAAAAAAAAGACUGAAAGGAAUGAGCCUUUUACCUAGCUGUAAAGGAUUUUCUUCUCUGUUCUUUCUUCUUCAGUUGUUAUCAUUAAAAAUGUUUUCUUGGAAAUGGUUUAUUCUUCUGAGUUAAAUUUUAUAUCUUUGAACUCACCAAUUCUCUGAAGAAGGUUUUAUUUGUUUAGCAACAGAUUUUAUGAAUUAUAAUGAUGGUCAGUUUUACAAAAGACUGAAAUCAGAUUAUACUUGAUAUCUUAGACCAGAUCCUUCCAGAGCUUUCACUUGAUUUCUUUCUUUAGGAAUAUCUUUCUUAAGGAACAUUUUCCUUAGCUGCUUUCUUAAUUGAUAGUUGUUCUUGGUUUUCUCUUCCACUCCUUGCCUUCUUCCAAAUUAACAAACAAAAUGAAGUAAGGGGCUGUAUUAGUUUUACAAAAGACUUUGCCAAGGACCACAAGGGUCAUCUGUUUCAUUUUUAUAUUCUUGGAAAUUAAAGGUUAUUAUCUUUCCUUGUGGAAUGAAGGUGUCUUUGAAGUUGAAAAUUAUUUGAUAGUGAUGUGGACUAACAAAUAUCUUGUCCUAAUGAAGGUUGAGGUAAAGUAGGGAGAGUGUUCUUUUAGUGCAGAAUUUUACCUUUUUGCAGUAUUAGUUUGGGAACAAUAGUUUCCUGAAUCAAAUUCUCUGUACCCUUUUCCAUUUUUGCUAUGUGGAAACAUAUUAGUGAUAUGCUUGGUAGACUUUUAAUUUCUGAUUAAACCAAAUCAUUUACAGGAAUUUUAAUUUCAUUCUUAAUAACCUAAGUUAGUGAUUCUCAAAAUGUGGUGUGUUGUUCAGCAUUUGUCUUGACAAGGUAAAUUAAAGGCAUUUCAAAAAUUCAAGUUAUGCAAAAAAGUUUAUCAAAUGAUUUUACACUUCAUAUUCAAACCUAUAUUUCAAAAGCCUCAACAAAAAUUAGCACUUAAAAAAUACGGUGACAUAGUCUUUUUAUUUUUAUUUUUUGUUAUUGCGGUAGAAAGUUGGAGCAGGUAGGGAUAGGUGGUAGCUGGAGUCAUUUGCUGUGCCAUUACAGAGCAUGAACGAGGUGGUAUAGUAUGACAACUACAAAUAUUAAGGUUAUGGAACAUUUUAAAGCUUUAUACAGUUUUUUAGCAGCUUUGAAUCAUGUCUCACAGCAGAUCAAAAGGGAUGAUUAUAAGAAGUACUUUGUAAACCUUAAGAUACUAUGUAAAUGCCAGAUGCUAUUUAAAAAAAAAUAACAACCCUCCAAUAACUCCAGAAUUAAUUCUCUUUUAUUUCUAACAUAGUCUCUUAUUUUAAGCCUCUUUUGGUAACAUUAUGCUCUCUUUGCCUUGGUCAGUUCAGAAUUAAAAGUAUUAAAAUACUAUAUGCUAACAUUAUCCGUUAGGUUUUUAUUCCUGAAUCUUAAUAUUUAACCAAAUUGUAUUUCCUGUAGUUAUUUUUUUGUGAAGAUGAGUAGAAGAAAUCACAAGUGCAUGAUUUCCGUUUACCUGAUGUCUUGAACAUAGAAAUUAACAUUAACAUUUCCCUUAAAUAUAAAUGAGUUCUCUGUGAUGAAGCUUUGUUAUAGGCCAGUUAGUCUAGUCUUGGGUGCACAACACAUGUGAUAAUUGUUAUGAGCAGUUUUGGCAAUGUUUGCACAGGUUUAGAAUUCAAUUUCCCAUUUAUGUACCCUGUAGCUUUAUGCCUUUUAAAAAACUACGAGCCACCAAGACCAACAAAAGAAAUAACUUCCUGCAAAUUUUUACAAAUGUAUUACAUUUCUGCAUCUUCAUGUUAUUUUUCCAGAGACUAUGUAACAUUUAGCAUAGAAGUCAUUUAGUGGCUAUGAGUACACAAAAUGACACUUAAUGGUUCACCUCUUUGCACCUUAGUUUGGCUCUCUUUGAAAUGAAGCUAUUGGAUUAGAUGACCCCUAAUGUUUGUCUUCCAGCUCUUAAGUCUAUGACCCCUUGAAUUAUAUUUGUAUUUAAGAGGUGCAUUGAUAUUCUAUGAAUGCUUAAUCUUGUGAAGGAAGUAUUACUAAAAUAUUUUAACCACUAAAUGUUUAGUUCUACUAGCUUAUACUUAAUUGGAAUUCUCUUUGACAUAAUGUUAAAUUACUGACUUGGUGUAUUUGUUAAGAUUACUUUCAUAUAUAGUUAAUAAAGAAGUUUGGCUUGUAUUUUCAUUUAA